GAUAAAACAAUUGAUGAUAUAACAAAUUUUAUCAAACUAAAGAAACAGAAAAGAAACAAUAAAAAUAUUCUACAUUUUUUAAUGGGAAAUAGUAUGAGCAGUGUAUUGGCUCUUUAUUACGCAGCUAAAGGUGAACUUAAUAAUGAAUUUUCUGGGUAUAUUGCACUUACACCUGCAUUAGAAGAAAAGAAGAUAUCUAAAAUUAUUAUUGGCUUAGAUUUUAUUAAAGAAAUUAAAGAAUUUCAAGAUGAUAAAAUUAUAUAUAAGCCCAUUAUGCUUGCUAAAGCUAUAGAAUUUUUAUAUCAAGCAAGAAUGGUACUAGAGAAAUACUAUACAGAAAUAGAUCUCACUGUUUUAUUGAUGUAUGGAAAAGGAAAUAAAAUACAAUCAACUAAUGCUAUUGAAAAGUUUUAUGACAAAUUGCAAAAAAUAAACAAAAAG